GGGUCUUAUUCCAGCGUUGGUGAUCUUAGGUUUUACGUACAAGUUAUCAUUUAUUUGAAAAUAAUGUAAACAUGUAUUCAAAUUUCGUAUAUAAGUUUUUAUGAUUAUUCCUUCGAAUAAUAGAUGUUGAAAUUGAACAUAUUUCGUUUCAUUUUAAGGGAAUAUAAUGGAAUACCUGUACUGCGUUAUACAUCUCAGUUAUGUUUGUUUUGUUGUUUCUAUGAUAAAUAUAUAUGUUUAUUCCUUGAAGAUUUGUUGCGCCCUGAUAUUUAUGACUGCAUCAGUAAUGUAAAUGAUCUUAAACUAACUAUGCUCUCAGUUUACAGCGGAACUUUGACCGUUUUUUGUUGUGGGGAGAUAGCGAUAAUCAACGUGGCCACAACCAUAUUGAUUCCGGACAAGUCAGACACAUAACCAGCAACAAUGCAUUUUGAUGAUCUCUUAGUAAUAAUUGGUGGAUUUGGACGUUACCAAAAGAUACGCUUGUUCUUGAUAUGUUUGGUGGGAAUUCUUUGUGCUUUCCAUGCCAUGAAUAUGGUGUUUGUUGGUGCUAAACCAGACUAUCAGUGUAAGAUUGGUGAAAGAAACCUUUCAAGAAAAGAAUUUGCUAAUGCAACUUUACAAGAUUGGAAAACAUUUCUACGAAGUGCAGGAAAAGGAUGUGAGAUUUACAGUCCAUCACAAACAUAUGAUCUGAUAGGUAGUGGAAACCUUACCAUUGACGGAUCGAAAGUUAUAGGUGAUAACAUCCUGUCUACCGAACCGUGCACUGACUGGGAAUAUUCCCAGGACGUGUACGGACCGACCAUCGUAUCUGAGUUUGAUCUGGUAUGCAGUCAGGCCUGGCUGCGAAGUACAGCGAAGACCCUCUACUUCUUUGGUCGAGUGAUUGGUUCUGUAGUAUUUGGACAACUCUCAGACAUAUUUGGUAGGAAACCAAUAUUCCUUACCGGUCUUCUGUCUCUUCUGGUGGCAGGAUGUGUCGCGUCAGCAGCUCCCUCUAUGGCGGUUUUCAUUCCAUUUUAUAUCCUCCAGGGGGCAGCUCAAACCGGCUUGUACUUAGUCGCGUUCACUAUGUGUACCGAGUUGGUUGCUCCACAAUACCGAGUUAUGGCAGGCUUCAUGAUCCAGGGAUUCUACAGUAUUGGAUAUAUGACCCUUUCCUUGCUGGCCUAUUUCAUUCGACAUUGGCGCUACAUAGAGUUAAUUAUAACACUUCCAGUGGUGCUUUUCUCCGUUUACUUAUGUGUGCUGCCUGAAUCCGUACGAUGGUUGUUAUCAAAAAACAAAAUUGAAGAAGCUAGAACAAUAAUAAGGAACGUUGCCAAGGUGAAUAACGUGGAGGUGUCAGAUUCAAUGCUGGAGGAUAUAAAUGACAGAAAAGAGCAGGCGGAAGUGACGGAUGGCAGGAAACACACCUUUAUUGAUUUGUUUAGGCCAUUAGCGAUGCUGGCAAUUUCCGUGAACGUCUGGUUCAAUUGGUUCGUCAAUGCCAUGGUAUACUAUGGUUUGUCCCUCGGUACGGGAAAUUUAGGAGGGGAUCCAUACAUCAAUUUCUGUAUUGCUGGUGCUGUGGAGAUCCCCGCCUAUAUUCUUUGUGUACUUUUCCUUAAUAAACUUGGGAGACGUUGGCCGUUAUGCGGAACCAUGGUUGUCGGUGGAAUUUCAUGUAUCAUAUCCGGAUUCGUACCAGAAGAUCUGUUAGCGGUCAAGAUAACAUUUGCAAUGAUUGGAAAGUUCGGAAUUACUGCAUCGUAUGCCAUCAUCUAUUUAAUGACAGCGGAAGUGUUCCCGACAGUUUUAAGAAACGCUGGUAUGGGCGUCUCCUCAAUGACUGCAAAAGCUGGCGGGAUGCUGGCACCGGUUAUUCUUGAGCUGAGAUUGGUAUGGAUUCCUUUACCCCUGAUAUUAUUUGGGGGUCUGUCGAUCCUGGCUGGAGGCCUAGCUCUAAUACUUCCAGAGACUGCAGGGAGACCCUUACCUCAGACUGUUGAAGAAUGCUUAAGUAACAAAUCCAAAACAGUACAAAAGGAAAAAUGGGAUUCCAAGUCGAGUAACGACGGUAAAAAUGCGAUAUGUUAGGCAACAGACACAUUCUUCCAUCUCGAAUCUUCCUCAUGUGUUCAAUGAUUGUCAUCUUUAAAAGACAAAUUUGUCCAUCAUAUUUCGUUGGGUCGACAGAAUCAAUGAUUAAUAUGAUAUUUGCGCAUUGAAAUUUGCACCAAAACCUAUUAAUGAGUGUUGCAGCAUUUUACCACUGCCAGUAAUGUUAUUAAGUUUUUAUUGUUGUAAGUGAUUUUGCUAUAUGUGUGUCCUACAAUGUAUUUUGGGUUUGGUACUCAUACCUUGAAUUCCCAAUGUUAAGAUCGUAUAUGUUGUUGAUUUCUAACCCCUCAGAAGGUUUUUUUUUUCAAUUACAUUCAAUCCAAAAGAGAAAGAUAUCUUACAGCCAGUGAAUUCGAACAUAUCAUAGACCGUAUUACACUCGGUUAUAUCACGUGUAAACAUCAACCUGUUUUAUGCCAUGUACAUUAGCCUUUUUACAUAGAAUUAUGUCGCAAGAAAAUUCGUAAGAAAAAAAAUCACAUUUAAUCAUUUUUUAAUCAUGAUAAAAGAUAUUUUUCUCUGGAAAGGCCUCAUCAUUAACUAAUAUACAAUGUAGUCAUAAUAAACUGUAUCCACACUCGAUAACAGUAAACAGUCCAAACUAUAUCCACACACGAUAACAGUAAACAGUCCAAACUGUAUCCACACUCGAUUACAGUAAACAGUCCCAACUAUAUCCACACUAGAUUACAGAAAACAGUCCAAACUAUAUCCACACUCGAUCACAGUAAACAUUCCAACCUAUAUCCACACUCGAUAACAGUAAACAGUCCCAACUAUAUCCACACACGAUAACAGUAAACAUUCCAAACUGUAUCCACACACGAUUACAGUAAACAGUCCAAACUAUAUCCACACUCGAUAACAGUAAACAGUCCAAACUAUAUCCACACUCGAUCACAGUUACCAGUCCAAACUAUAUCCACACUCGAUCACAGUUACCAGUCCAAACUAUAUUCACACUCGAUUACAGUAAACAUUCAAAUGCUUUUUGCCUGUUAUACUAAUGUCAAAUCAUUUGAUAUAGUUAAUGUUCUGUAUGGUUAAAUAUUAAAGAGUCUAUUUCAUAUUUAUUGAUUAAUGAUAAAUAAAUUAUCGUUUUUUUUUAAAAUAUCUUCGAAAGGUGCUUGUUUACGACACAUUUAGGUCUUAAUUAACGUGAAACCGUGUGUAGUAAUUGCUAGGUUAGUGCUUGUGAUUAUCAAAGAAAACGUAGAAUAAUUUGUAUGGUAUUUGAUUACGUGAUUGACGUUUUGCGCAGUGAACACAUCACAACCCAUUUGAAUGUAAGCACGUGCCGCCUGGGCGUUUCAUUGUGUUAAGCGUGAACGAUGUAUUAAUUUAAAUAUUGAUUUAGAUUAAGCUAAAACAUUUUGUGUUACCGAUGUACAACGAAUAAAAUAAAAUGACAAAUUGUUUGAUUGUGGAAUCUCCUUUUUCAGAAAUACAUUUUAAACCAAUUGAUGUUUCUCUGAAAUUUGGUAAGCAUCAUAAAUACUUAUUGUUUACGGGUCGAAUUUUCGUAGUUGUCCUUUCACACAUAGUUCGCAGGAGUUCAUUUUCGCUUAAAACUAGAUUUGUGUGUCAACAUUCACAAUAAAUCGUAACCAAUGGUUUGAAUGUUCGCUAAGUAACCGUGCACAUUGCUUACAUCACCGAUUAUGUAGUAUGUAGUUUUGGUUAUCGUAUCAAUCGUAGUUGCUAAUCAAAUCUGAUUUCACGAAAGUCAAAAAAAAAAAAAAAAAA